AUGCCAAGUCCUGUUUCUCCUCGGCAUACCUCAUCAGUUGGCGCUGAACAGCUGAAGGCAGCUCCGGUGCUCGAGGAGGUCGGUGUCAUGGUCUGGGUUGGAGAUUUAAGCUGCCCGCUGACGCUGCUUCCUUGCCAGUUCGUCAACUACUCUCUUUACUCCUGGAAAUUCCAUCACACUGAACCUCUCGUCUUGGAAAUCUGGUUAACCCGCCUGCUUUCAGAAUCAUCUCCUUGCCUCACCUGCCUGCCCUCCUGCCCUUACACCACCUCUGGACCUUCACCGCUCAGGACAGCUGCCACACACCACCAAACCCACCUGAACCGCACCACCUCUCCCUCAACGCUUCCAUCUCCCACCUGCACAUACGUACCUAAUCACCAGCAGCUGCCGAUGCUUUCUUGGACCUGUCCCCUUGCUUAUCCCUCUCCCCUGGCCAAGACCCUCAUGCCCCAUGUGUCAAGCUUUAAAUCAAGGACUAUCGUAAACGUCAUUUCUGUGCUAGUUAAUAAACCUUUACUAAACCCUUUCUUCAACCUCCGCUUUGGGUUUUCUGCACGUGGGUUUGAUUUUUGGUGCUCGGCCUCCGGCCGUUUUGUGACAGUCGGGGUGCUCUCGUGA